CCACAUCACUUGUAACAGUAUCCCUUGCUCGGUAUGUUCCUGCUCCUUCGCUUACUAUUUCAAGUUUGCUGUCACUAUUCCAUUCCAAACUUUUUGCUGCAUCUGGAAGUUCCUUCCCUACAUGGCAAGCCUUCUUCCUGUUGCUCUCUCCAGUCUUCGCCAUCCCAGCUUUCAUCGAAGUGUGCAUUCCUCCCUCCCUCUUUCACUUUAUUCUUCGCUCCGCUGCAUCUUGGCAAUCUGCAGCGGCCUGACUAUGGGACCUCGUCCUUCUUCAUAAACCGGUUGUCAGCUGUGGAGGUCCUGGGGAAGCAGACUCAUCAGCAGCGGAGAGCAAGGCCGGAGGGAAUGGCGGCCUGCCGGCGUGACCGCAGGAUCGAGGAGAGCGCGUGGGUGGCGGAGGUGGAGGCCGUGGUGGCGGAUGGCGGCGCGUCGGAGGAGGAGGUGGCACGGUGGCGGCGGCACUGCAUCUACCACGUGCCGGCGUGCAUCAAGGACCUGAACCCGAAGGCGUACCGGCCGCAGGUGGUGUCCCUGGGCCCGUUCCACCACGGCGAGGCCCAGCUGCGCCCCAUGGACGCGCACAAGCGCCGCGCCCUGGUCCACUUCCUCCGCCGCGCGCGCCGGCCGCUGGCGGAGUUCGCGGCCGUGGUCGCCGGCGGGGCGGCGGCGGAGGAGUACGAGCGGCUGGAGGGCGCGUACGAGGGGCUCGGCGGCGAGUGGCGCGCCGCCGCUGGCGAGGAGCGGUUCGUUGAGCUCAUGGUCACCGACGGGUGCUUCCUCCUGGAGGUGAUCCGCGCGGCGUCCGGCUGGGAGGUGAACGACUACGCCGCCGACGACCCCGUCUUCAGCCCCCACGGGCUGCUCUACACCGUGCCCUACAUCCGCCGCGACAUGCUCCUGAUCGAGAACCAGCUGCCGCUGCUCGUCCUCGACCGCCUCCUUGCCGUCGAGACAGGCAAGGACGGGGUACGUGUGCUUCAAGUUCAAGUUCUACGUGCGGAUUUCGAGCUGGAUUUAAUUAUUUGCACGAUGGAAUUGUUUAAAUUAUUUGGCACUGAUGUGAUGAAACUUUUGAUUUGGCUGAAGAUCAUCGCCGUACUCUUUUAAAGCGCA